AUGGAACCUACCUAUGGCAAUAUGCAACCAACCGCACGAUCCAAUCCCGAUCCUGAUCCUCUUUCCAAUAUCACUCCAACUCGACAUCUUCCCUCUAAUCAACAACGGUCAAGUAAUAUGCCAUCAGUGAAUGGCCCUCAGCAACAACAACAACAGCAGCAACAGCAACUCAAAACUCAUCAUCAGAACAACAGCACUGAGGGCGGGGUCAAAGUUCGACCACGCCCUCAGAUACCUCCAAAGCCACAAAUGGACGCUGUUCGAUAUAGUAUGGCGAACGUACAAGGUCAGUUUUGA